UCGGACUCUUGAGCAGAGCGCACGUACAGUAGGCAGAAGCACACGAGUUUGCAGACGAGCAAGUGCUGUGUGUUUGGGGUGGCGGCGGCGGCUGCUGAUUCCUCGUGAAUAGAAGGCGGCGUGAAGACGUCGUGCACGUGUGAGUCCCAUAAGCUAAAGGAUCGUCGCUGAGUACAAAGUGUGCCUGCCACUCGAGGUCCGCCACAUGUUGCCUCCCGCGGCGAUGGCCACACGGACUUUCAGGCACAGAGGACCCUGGAAACGUUAACAAAACGAGGGAAAUGUCGCUAAAGCCGAGAACAGUUGGCACCGCGCGUAAUGGGAGAUCAAGCUGUGACUAUAUUUAGAAAGUGUUUUUCCAGAGAGUGCGCUCGAGCGCCACUUCACCAUGCCGAUGACUUCUUCUCACUUUUAGAGCCAUGUCCCAAACCGAAGUGGAUCUGGCGGGAUGUGGCAUCCCUCUAAGUCCCAUCCUGGACGAGGACUCCUGUCUUCCUUCGCUCCAUGUCCCGCCGCAGCGGCGGAGGAGACCGUCAGGCAAUGUCCGUCGCAAUUCGCACAGGUUCAACCGGAGGAACUCCACCGAGUUGGACACCCUGGUGUUCGAAGGAUCGCCUUCUUGGUCCACUGAGAGCAGGGAGGAGAUCUGCGUGGACCCCACACCGCUGCCACUGCCUUUGCCCCAACCUCAGCACCUCCAAGCCCAGCUUCGUUCACAGAAUACAGUGGAUAUCAGUUCGGACUCGGAGGACGAAACCGGUCAGCAGAAGCCCACUCAGGUCGUACAGAGCGCCCCUCCGGUCGAGAGUCGCUUGGAGUUGGAGGAGAAAGAGGACGUGGAGACGAAAGCGGUGGCCAUCUCACCUGACGGCCGUUACCUGAAGUUUAAUAUUGAAAUCGGAAGGGGUUCCUUCAAGACAGUCUACAAGGGUCUGGACACGGAGACCACGGUGGAGGUCGCCUGGUGUGAGCUGCAGACCCGAAAGCUGACCAAAGCUGAGAGACAGAGAUUCAGUGAGGAAGUGCAGAUGCUGAAGGGACUACAGCAUCCCAAUAUUGUUCGCUUCUACGACUCCUGGAAGUCCAGUUUGAAGAGAAACAAAUGCAUCAUCAUGGUCACAGAACUCAUGACGUCAGGCACCCUCAAAACGUAUCUGAAGAGGUUCAAGGAAAUGAAGCUGAAACUGCUGCAGCGAUGGAGCCGACAGAUCCUGAAAGGUUUACAUUUCCUGCACACUCGCUCUCCUCCUAUCAUCCACCGGGACCUCAAGUGUGACAACAUCUUCAUCACUGGGCCCACUGGCUCUGUCAAGAUAGGAGAUCUGGGUCUUGCGACACUGAAGAGCGCCUCAUUUGCCAAAAGCGUCAUAGGCACUCCAGAGUUCAUGGCCCCAGAGAUGUAUGAGGAGAAGUAUGAUGAAGCUGUGGACGUCUAUGCCUUCGGGAUGUGCAUCUUGGAGAUGACCACGUCCGAGUAUCCGUACUCUGAGUGCCAGAAUGCUGCCCAGAUUUACCGGAAAGUAACAAGCGGCAUGAAGCCAGACAGCUUCUUUAAGGUCAAAGUUCCUGAGCUGAAGGAGAUCAUCGAAGGCUGCAUCCGGAUGAACAAAAAUGAAAGAUACACCAUCCAGGACCUUCUGGACCACACUUUCUUCCAGGAGGACAACGGGGUGCAUGUGGAGCUGGCUGAGGAGGACGAUCAUACCAAGUCGGCUCUGAAGCUGUGGCUACGGAUGGACGAUACAAAGAAGCUGCAUGGCAAAUACAAAGACAACAAUGCCAUUGAGUUCCUGUUUGAACUUUAUAAAGACCUGGCAGAGGAAGUCGCGCAAGAGAUGGUGGUCCUGGGCUUUGUUUGUGAAGCAGACUACAAACUGGUGGCCAAAGCCAUACGUGACAGGGUGACAGCCAUCAAACGCAAGAGGGAAAAGCAGAGGCGCAUGGAUGAGGAGAAGAAGAAGAAGCAAAAAGAGGAGGAGGAAGAAGAAGAGAAGCAACAUGUACCAGUCAGCAGGCCGGAAGCGACAGGACCAGUGGCGAGUUCCCCUCAGCCUGAGGUGGGCAAGGCUAGCAGUGUGGCUACACCCCUGCCACCUGGGGCUGCCCCCACAGGCUCCGCUGACUCUGGAAUUAAUGCCAACUUCCUACCUGAGCCGGAAGAGCCCGAGGCGGACCAGCACCAGCACUAUCUGAUCCGGCACACCAGCUACUCAUCUGCUACGUCUGACUGUGAAACUGAUGGGUACCUCAGCUCUUCAGGGUUGCAGGAUCAGCAAACCCCCAGUACCCCUGUUCCUGAGCUGCCACCCUCCCUCUCCCCUAGAGUGCCCCACAGAUUUCCAUUGACUAUAGCAGUCAGCCAGCAGCCGGAAUGGAUGCCCUCGAGGCCAGCGAGUGGGUUCUCUUCUCCAGUGGACAGGUCAGAUACCUCGUACUUCCUGUGAAAUGGAUUUUAGUUU